AUGCACCAGCUGUUCAGCCAGGUGCUGGGGCAGAGGGAUCUGUCCAGAGCGGGGGAUCUGUUUUCUCUGGAGGACGCAGAGAUAGAAGACUGUCUGUCUCAGGCUCUGGACCAGAUCAAGGCCAUCUCCUGCUCACCGGACUAUUUGACCAAUGACAACGACCAGGCUGUGGUGGAGAUUUGCAUAACGCGCAUCACCACGGCCAUAAGGGAGACGGGCUCCAUCGAGCGACACAGCAUGGCGCUGGUGGGGCUGUGGGAGUCGUGUCUGGAACAUAACCUCACCCCGCAAGGUGAAAAUACAGAGGACACGCCGCAUGCCAAGAUAGCCUCCGACAUCACCAGCUGUAUCCUGCAGAACUACAGUUGUCCGUCGGUCAUGGUGCUGGCCAUCCCGGUGGCAGUGCGCUUCCUGCAGAGGGGGAACAGAGAGCUGAGCAGGAACAUGUCCAGUUAUCUCUCCCUGGCUGCUAUAGCUAAGGCCGAUCUGCUGGCUGAACACACAGAGGCCAUAACACACAGCGUGCUGGGAGGUAACCACAUGCUGUUACGGGUGUUGCCCUCAGUCUACCCUAGGCAACCAGAUACCAUCCACUGUCACCUAGGCAACCUCACUGCGAUGAUGUCACAGCUGGAGUCGCCAGAGCAACAACACCUGAUCAGACUCAUUCAAAUGGUUGCAGAGCAACAUCCACUUAUGUUGAGCCCUCAGGUGCCCGCGUUAGUCAGUUACCUAGGAGACCAGUCCCUGACUGAGGCCCUGCUGGGCGCGCUCAUGGACGUGUCGCAGGCCAGCCCUUCCUCACUGGUCAGCUUUCUGCCCAUGCUGAGGACUGUGGGACAGCAAUGCCCUGCUCUCCUGGGUCACGUUGCCAAAAUCCACAGUGCCGUUGGUAUCAUCAGUGAGACUCAUGCUCACGGCUCGUUGGUCUACCUGGUGUCCCUUCUGGGCAGCAUGGAGCACAGCUUUCACCACACACUGCUGCUGGAGAUCAGAGCUCUGACUGACCGAUACCCGUCUUUACUGGGAGGCUGCGGGAAAGACAUCUACAGGAUGAGCAACUCGUUCACUGCUAUAGCCAGACUACUGGGGAGAAGGCUGGAGGAGAGCACGACCAUGCACUGCAGGCUGGACGAGGCGUGCCCGCCGUCUCCCCGUGCACCUCUUCCAGGAGGGGGAGGUGGAGGGUCAGAGCAGCGGCUGCAGGUGAAGAUCCAGGCCUUUGAGGACAAAAUGGGGGAGGAGGGGGGAGAGGAGGAGGCGGAGGAAGACUCUCCUGCCCCCCAGCGACGCUACAGCCUGAGCCAGGCCGUCAGGGAGGAGAGGCGAGAGAUGAGAUUCAACAGGUCAAAGAGCCUGGCUCUCCACGCUGUGCGCUCGCGCUCCAUCAACUCAGACAACGGCGAGGACGGUGAGGGGUUGGAGCAAAGCCCAGACAGCAUCUUCUCCAACACGUUGGUGAAUUCGCACUCAGAAAACCAGGAAGCACUGCCCGCCGAGAGGAAGCUGACGGGUGACGGCUCCAUCCCAGCCACCGUUACCCUGGACAGAGUGUUCAAAGAGGCUGAGAGAGGUGAAAGCAGGGAGAAGGAUGGAGAGAAGGAGGAGCAGGAGGAAGCCGACAGACUCUUCAUGCAUUUAAGAGACAAUAUGGAGACGAUCAGAGCGUUCUGUAAAGACGUGGCGCAGCAGAUCCCCUCACCAGAGCAGUGUGUGAUCGAAGAUUCAAAUCGAGGAUGUGUGGCCAAGCUGUCGUUCUCCUGUCCUCUUAAGGGCCACUACUGUCUGUACUCCAAGUCCAGUUUCAACCUGACCAGCCGACAGCCUCACGUUUGGAUACACAUCAUGCUGCUUCACCUACAGAGCAAGUCCAGUGUCCCUCUGUGCUCUGGAGACGAGUGUGUCCAGAGACUUGCUUCACUUUGGGAGAAGACGCAGCUGAAAGGAGCUCACAGCUUCCCCAUGGCCAUGACACAGAACACCACGCCACACAGGAAGGACCUGGACAGUCUCCAGAUUCAGCUGGAGGAGGUGCGCUUCUUUGACCUGUUUGGCUACAGCGAGGAAGAGGGAGGUUGGCUCUGCUUCAUGUGCAACAACCCAGAGAAGGCCACAGUUGUGAACCAGGAGGGACAGCCUCUGAUCGAGGGGAAGCUGAAGGAGAAGCAGGUCCGCUGGAAGUUCAUCAAGCGCUGGAAAACCCGCUACUUCACCUUGGCAGGAAACCAGUUACUCUUCCGGAGAGGCAAAUCGAAAGACGAGCUGGAUGACAUCCCUAUUGAGCUGAGCAAGGUGCAAAGUGUCAAGGUGGUCGCGAAGAAGCGGCGUGACCGCGGCCUGCCACGGGCAUUUGAGAUCUUCACGGACAGCAAGACGUACGUGCUGAAAGCCCAGGAUGAGAAGCAUGCCGAGGAGUGGCUGCAGUGCAUCAACGUGGCCGUGGCUCAGGCCAGAGAGCGGGAGAACAGAGAGGCCACCACCUACCUGUGAGAGCGACAGCAGCGCCGCUGGCUAGUGAGGACACAUACCGUGCUGCCGGCGAUACACGCCAUGCACAUGUGCACACUCACAAACACAAACACGUUAAAACCACACAUCUACUGCCAGCAGUAUAACUAUAACUGUUAUUGGUGGGAUACAUCUUCAGGCCCACUGAGGAUGAGGUUACCUGUCGAAAACAAUCAGAAGAAACUUGCUAUGCAGUAUUUUUAGAAACAAAAAAGAC